CCACUUUCUGAAAAACCACCAUGGCUAUCAGCAUUCGAAGUUUUGAGCUACCUUACCGUUCGUACGAGCUCUACGACGUAGAUUUCUUCGACGACACCAUCAAAACCCUAGUGACCUCCACCCCCUGCAUUGUAGAUACAUGGAUCUCCGACAUGGAGUACCUUCACCGUCACAGGCUCCACAAACUCAUUGUGGGCCUCGAUGUCGAAUGGCGUCCCGGUUCCAACCCACCGGCCACGCUACAACUCUGUAUCGGCCAAAACUGCCUCAUCUUUCAACUCAUCUGGGCACCCGAAAUUCCCCAAUCCCUCUUAGACUUCCUUAGCAACGACGAUUACACGUUUGUGGGUGUUGGAAUCAACCAAGACGUUGAAAAGCUACGGGAUGAGUGUUGUCUGGAGGUGGCGAACACCGUCGAUCUUCGAGGGCUGGCGGCGAGGGAGUUGGGUAGUGACGCGUUUCGCUCUGCUGGGUUGGUGGGGUUGGCGAGAGACGUUCUUGGGAAGAAUUUUGAGAAGCCGAAUUGUGUCACUAUGAGUGAAUGGGACGUCGAUUGGCUUAGCCUUGAUCAGGUAAUGUACGCUUGCGUUGAUGCAUUUGUUUCAUUUCAGAUUGGACGGUGUUUAAAGGCAUGGAACUAGGGAAAUGUCAGUCUAUUGUGGAAUUUGGGAGGUGGGUUUUGAAGCUCUCUGAGGAAGAUUUAUGGAUAGUUUUGCUUUUGUUACUUUUCUAUAUAGGCUCAAACUCUAGGAAUUGAUGAUUUGAAAACUUUUUUAUAUGCUCCUCUCAAUUGGUUUUGUUAUGGUAUAUACUACAUGAGAGCACUUUGAUGAUCC